GAUUUCGUACCAGGAAAUCCGAAAUCGGAUACGGAUCUGUGUCGUGAAUUGACUACACGAGUCUGCCACACAGCUGAGGAAAAACAAUCGAUUGUAGAGCUAGUUGCCACAUUGAUAAGACCAGGCAAUCAGUAUAUCGGCUUCCCUGCCUCUUUCCUGACACAUCUCUCCCACUUUAUUUUAUGAGAUUGGCUGUCUCUGAUGUCUCCCCUUCCUCCAUUCUUUCCCUUUCCCAUUGUUCAUGUUGAUGUUGAGCCACUGUUUUGAAUAUAAUUUCAUGGGAAUCCCAAACAGGGAUUGCCUUGUCGCGUGCAGAUUCAAUUAUUAAAGCCUUCUCGUCAUGUUCCUACUGAUUUUCCCCUAUUUUUGUGACUUUGAUGAUCAGAGCAAGUGUGCCAUAAUGUUUUACAUUACGUCUGACUAGAGAUUUACCAAACCUCAUGGUUUAUUGGUCAAAGGUAGUAUACGCACAAAAGACACUGUAUACUAUUUAUUUUAAUAAAAACAAAUAAAUAAAAUGUAUAAUUAAUCAUUGCUAAAUCUAGUCAAUAGAAAAGGGGUCCUAUUAACCCAUCUUUUCCUUUACAGUCAGAAUUACAACUGACAGAGGAAAUUGCAUUUGUUUUAACUGAAUGGGUUGUAAAUGGUUUAUCAGCAAGUUUCUCACGUCUGCAAACAGAGGGCCUAUCAGUUACUGUGGGUGUCAGUUCCUUGUCUGUGUCAAAUGUUGUUUUUUAACCCAAGACAAACAUCUCCUCCAUUGUUCUAAAUAAAGCAACUCCUCUCUCACCAGCCUGGCCUCGGCUACACUAUUUAAACCCCAGUGAGAGAGAGACGGCUGCUCUUUAACAGAAAUGCCCAACUAGUUAGCAGGUCAUGACGAGGCUUCUUCUGCUGUUGGUGGUUAGCGCUCUGCUCCAUCCUCCCUACGUCUGUAUUUCGGUGUGUCCUAAGAAGUGUGUGUGCGACAAGGAGGUUUUGUCAGUGCAGUGUUUCAGAGUGCAGGCAGUUCCUUUUGGAAUCCCAACUGACACCAGGAGACUCAACCUGGCGUACAACCACAUCAAGGACCUAAAGGGUAGAGAUCUGUCCAGCCUGGGGGGUCUAGAGGAGGUGGUCCUGUCUUCCUGUGGGGUAGAGGGGCUGGAAGCUGGCGUUCUCAGAGCCCAGGAGGGCCUCAGGACUCUUGACCUCCAGAACAACAAGCUGCGGCAGCUCCCCCGCGGCCUGCCCCCCAGCCUGGAGAUCCUGCACCUGGGCCACAACCGGCUCCAGGGCCUGGGGGAGGCGGCCCUGGAGGGGCUGCGGAGGCUGAGGCUGCUGGACCUGCAGCACAACCACCUGUCCUCUCUGAGGGCCGGCGUCCUGGCCAACCUGGUGCGCCUGGAGACGCUGCUGCUGGAGGGGAACCGCAUCGAGACGGUCCAGGGCUCUCUCAGGCUCCCCCAGCUCAACCUGGUCAGCCUGGCCAACAACAAGAUCCCCUCCUUUCCCUCUGCCUUCUUUUCUCAAACCAAAUCUCUCAGGACCCUCAGUCUGCAGGGGAACCUGCUGACCCGGGUGCCCCCUGGCCUCCCCCAGUCCCUCUGUCUCCUGGACCUGGGCAGGAACCAGGUUAGGGCUCUGAGGAGCAGGGAGAUGGCCCAUCUCCGUAACCUCUCCUCCCUCUCCCUGUCCCACAACCGCCUGGGCUCUGUGGACGGGGGUCUCCGGCUGCCCAGCCUGGUGGAGCUGGAGGUGGCAGGGAACAUGCUGAGGGCCAUUCCCAGCAGGCUGAGCCCCCGGCUGGAGAGGCUGGACUGCAGGCAGAACCUCCUCCAGGAAGUGACCCAGCAGCAGGUUUCGGGGCUGAAGCAGCUGAAGCAUCUCUUCCUAGAAAACAACACCAUCCGUAGCUUCGAGACCAACGCCCUGAAGAACAGUGGGCACCUCACCAACCUGGCUCUGGAACAGAACCUGCUUGUGUCUAUUCCUGCAGGGCUGCCAGAGAGUCUGGUUCGUCUGGACCUGAAAGGGAACCGGCUCCAGACCGUCCAAGAGCAGGAGCUGCGCUCUCUGAAGAGGCUCCAGGUGCUGAACCUGCGCAGGAACCGUCUUUACUCCCUGCCCCCUGCCACGCCGUACCUGCUGCCCAGACUCAAGAGCCUCUACCUGGAUGGAAACCCCUGGAAUUGCUCCUGUGUGCUCCAGAGCUUGACAAGGGCCCUGCGCGACCGUGGUGUGGAGCUACCAAACGAGCCCUGUAGCCAGGAGCCUAUCAAAGAAGCGGGGGGCACGACGGGGGGCGGGGCUGGGUGGAGACUCUACAUGGCUGAGAGACACAGGUGUGAGGGGGAGGAGCCUGAGAUCCGAGACACUGAUUAUGAUGAUGAAGCAGCUAACGGCCAAGAUGAACAGACCGACAGCGAGGAAUACUACGAUUAUGACGGAAUGUAAACCAAAAGCUUGACUUUUAACCCUCGUGCUGCCUUCGGGUCACAUGACCCAAAGGUUCAUAACGAACCAUUGUUGUGUUUACCCAAUUUUACCCAAUACAAAAACAAAUAAAAAUAAUUUUCUUUUAACCAUUCCAAUGUG